AUGUCAUUUUUUAAAUCAGUGGCUGGCCUUCUGAGUGACAUAACACAGAAAGUCACUGGAGCUUCUCCACCAUUUCAAGUCUCAGAAAUUUCCCCAUCUUAUUACCAAAAUUUCAGUCUGAUCACAGAUGACGAAACAUUCAAAUUGUACCAGGAGAAGAAGGUCUACAAGGCAGUUUUGUGCCCUCUUAAUUCCAAGAAACAUUUCCUGAUAUUCGUUCUUCCCACUUAUGAAGAGGCCAGAGAGGCAUUCAAUCUGCUAUCCUACAGACUGCAAGUACUGAUGCAAUGUAUGAAUUUGGUGAACGUCCAGCAGAUACAGAAGAUAUCUGACAUAACGAGGGAACACCCUGGUAGAGACCACCAAUAUGGAAUUUUUUGUGACAGAAACAUUGCCUAA